AUAGCCCUACAUACAUCGCCAACACUAAGGGAACGAACUCUUCAGUACCUGCACUUCAGUGGGCGGUACUUUACGCGCACCUCCCCGUCCUCCCCCCCAUCCAACGUGGCUGCCUGCCAAGGCCAGAUCCACGCAUUCGACUCCCAGGACCUCAUCGACGUCUACAUCCCAGACGGCCCUGAGACAGUCCUCUAUCGUUGCGAGCAGCAACCGUGCCCAAAUCGGACACCCCGAUCGAUCGAGGAGGAUUACCCUCGCUACAAAGCGAUCCGACGAGCGCAACACCCGCUCGGACCCCGAAGCACCCUCGCAUCUCGAUCUGCCUCGCGGCACUCUCGCCCUGUCUCCCCUACCUCCCGCCUUCCCCAAACUGUCGCCGAGUCCAGUCAAACUCGAGGAGAUCUCCCUCCAGAC